AAUUAUCAUAACAGAUUCACAACGAGGUGGUCUGAAGAUUGGCCCAAUCCUAACUACUGCAUUUUACAUCAACCAACCAUCUUUCACCACGUCACUGCUGGAGUCCCGGCCCCCGCUGUUCCGUUUCGUCAACGCACUUCUCCACAUGGUUUAUGCCUUCAAUUGAAUCAAUUCAUCACUCACUCUCUUUCUUCUGAAAUCAAUUUGACUGAAACCAUCUCGAUUGGCUAUCUGAAACUCUAUCUACAUCCCAAUUUCACUACAAAAAUCAUCUUCAUUGACCUCAAAUCAAGCCAAACAAACAUCUCCACGGUCCCCAAUGGAGCAAAUUAAUGAAAGUGCACUGACCCAGAUGAGGAAAUCAGUUCAGAAACUGGGGUCCUCCACAGAGAAGUACGGAGACCCAACACUCAUGAGGUUCUUAAUUGCGAGGUCAAUGGACUCAGAAAAAGCAGCCAAGAUGUUUGUACAGUGGCAGAAAUGGAGAGCUGCAUUGGUCCCAGAUGGGUUCGUUCCCGAAUCUGAAAUACGGGAAGAGUUGGAAACGCGGAAAAUUUAUUUGCAGGGUCUAUCCAAGAAUGGUUACCCAGUUAUGAUCGUGAAAGCAUGCAAGCAUUUUCCCUCUAAGGAUCAUCUCCAAUUCAAAAAAUUUGUGGCUCAUCUGCUGGACAAAACAAUUGCGAGUUCUUUUAAAGGAAGAGAAAUAGGGAAUGAGAAGUUGAUUGGCAUUCUUGAUCUACAACAAAUUACAUUCAAAAAUGUUGAUGCUCGUGGACUAAUCACUGGUUUUCAAUUUUUACAGUCUUACUAUCCAGAGCGCUUAGCAAGAUGUUUCAUUUUAAACAUGCCGGGCUUCUUUGUGAGUGUUUGGAGGAUGGUUUCUUACUUCCUUGAGAAGGCAACCCUGGAGAAGAUUGUGAUAGUGAGCAAUGAGGCUGAAAGAAGGGAUUUUAUCAAGGAAAUCGGUGAAGAAGCACUACCAGAAGAGUAUGGUGGACGAUCAAACCUCAUUGCUCUUCAAGAUGUGACACUUACCCCAUUAGAGGAUUGACUGCUGCUACAAUCCAGACUGAUAAAAACAUGAUAUACUAAUGAUCCUUGUUCCCUACUUCACUGCAUUGUGGCCAGAAACAUUAGUAAUAUUCUUGGGUCAUUAUUUUUCUGAAACAAUGGUCUAUUUAUACAACGUCAAAUCUCUUCUUCCUCUUCA